AGUGCACAGCGAGGCUUCCUAAGCGCUACUGAUGUCCGCUUAUCCCCCCCCCCUCACCCGCUUUAACCGAGUUUCUUCGUUAGAUAGCAAGCACCGUUACAGUUCGCACAUGCUUAGAUAACACUAUACUGGACCGUAACAACGUUGGAAGUAGUCGAAUCUAAAGGAAGAAGAGGAAACAAACAAAAAAAAACACGCAUUUGAAUAUUAGUUAUAUUUUCAAUAGUUUGCAGUUAUGUCUGGAAAUCCCAAAUUUGUCAACCACUUCCACAGACCUUUGGCAGCCGCUGCUCCGGGGGAAAAAGCGAAAUUGACUCACCCUGGAAAAGCCAUUUUAGCAGGUGGGAUCGCGGGCGGGAUCGAGAUCUGCAUCACCUUCCCCACGGAGUACGUGAAGACGCAGCUGCAGCUGGACGAGAGGGCCAACCCGCCCCGCUACAGGGGGAUCGGGGACUGUGUGAAGCAGACAGUACGCAGUCAUGGUGUUAUUGGCUUGUACAGGGGGCUCAGCUCCCUGCUCUAUGGCUCCAUCCCCAAAUCUGCAGUCAGGUUUGGGAUGUUCGAGUUUCUAAGCAACCAGAUGCGGGACGAGUCGGGGAAGCUGGACGCCAGGCGGGGGCUGAUCUGUGGGCUGGGGGCGGGCGUGGCCGAGGCUGUGCUGGUGGUCUGUCCCAUGGAGACCGUGAAGGUGAAGUUCAUCCAUGACCAAAGCUUGGCCAAACCUAAAUACAGAGGCUUCUUCCAUGGAGUAGGAGAGAUAGUGCGAGCUCAAGGGAUCAGCGGGACGUAUCAGGGGAUAACGGCAACGGUGCUGAAGCAGGGCUCUAAUCAGGCCAUUCGCUUCUACGUCAUGACCUCUCUGAGGAACUGGUACAAAGGUGACAACCCCAACAAGGCCAUUAACCCCCUGGUGACGGGGCUGUUUGGGGUGACAGCGGGGGCAGCCAGCGUUUUUGGCAACACCCCCCUGGACGUGAUAAAGACCAGGAUGCAGGGUCUAGAGGCUUACAAGUACAAAAGCACGGUCGACUGCGCAGUGCAGAUCUUCCGGCACGAGGGACCAGCCGCCUUCUACAAGGGCACCAUCCCGCGCCUGGGCCGAGUCUGUCUGGAUGUGGCCAUCGUCUUCAUCAUCUACGAGGAAGUGGUGAAGGUGCUCAACACGGUCUGGAAAACCCAGUGAGGAGACGGGGCAUUGGCUGAGCCAGCCGCGGCCUCCUCUGACAUCAUAACUGUGUGACUGAGAGGACUAAAGGACACGAAAAAAAACUGGAUGUGCCAUAGGUGCUUUUGUCCACAUGUAGCAAGAUACACAAAUGACAGAGUAUCUAAUAUAUGAUAUAUAAAUUAGAAUUUUAUCUAUAACUUUUAAGUGCAUUUGAUAGUCUCGAGGUAUUCUAUUGGUUGACGUGGCUGUGCUGUUUGGGGUCCCUGUUGUUGCUUAGCGAUGAGAACCAGGGUAGCCAUGGGUAGCCAAGGCUAGUCCACAUUAGCCUUAUAGGCCAAAUGCAUUGUGGGUCCAAACAAGAUUGUAUGACCAAGGCUUUCGUCUGAUGGCUUAACAUGUGUUGUGCCAAAUUUUUUUUUUUCAUGAAUUUUUUUUUUUUUUUUUGAAGAUAUCUUGCCAAAGUUCUAGUUUAAAAGUCCCAUAUACACAUUUCCAGUGUUUUAUUUUAGGUCCUGAUAUCUAUAAGAAGACGUCUGUGGUUUUAAGUACCAAAAGCAAUCACUAACCUGUUUCACAUCUCCAUUCUCCAGCACCUAUCACGGGCUUUGUCAAGAACAGGCUGUUUUAGUGACUGUGUCUUUAAGGCUCAUUAAUAUCAAUGAACCUCUGUUCUGAUUGGCUGGCUUGCUCCACAACAAACUGAACGCCAUCUGUGCCGAGUGUUUGGAUUUGUUCUAUCUACAAGGUGGGCCGUGCUGAAAGCGCACAUAUGCAAAUGAGCGUAUAGUUCUGACGUCAAAGUUAUGGCAGUUCAAGGGGCUCGGAUUGUGUUUAUUUCUGAGCAUUGACUGUGAGUUUUGAUACUUUCAGUGUUUUUGUAGCACCUACACUAUAAUCCACAUGGCAAGGGAAAUGUUGUUUUCCACAAUAUGGGACCUUUAAUAUAGGAAACCUCUUUACUCUAAUUUUAGUGCUACUCAAUGCCAGAUGCUUUUCCCCCCAAAUCAUUUUCAAGUGGUCUACUUGAGAAAUUCACCAGUAUGUGUGCACAAAACAAACAAAACUCUUUAAGUCAGCCAUUUUACAACAGGUUCCUCUCAGCAGCUCUCAAUGCUUAGAAAGAGUGAUAGCUUUAACUGAGAUUGCACACUGAUUAUAUAUACACCAUCUUGGAAUACAGUUAUUUUGUGGCACAUGCAAAGCAUUGAUAUUGUAGCUCAUUUAUUUUCUGCAUUAACACAUUCUCUGGGACUCAUUUGCAUAUAUAUUUUAUUUAUAUAUUUUCACCCAGGGAAUUUGUUAGUGGCUUCAAAUUUCAAUUAACUGUACUUGUUCAAAGUAAUUGAGAGAGAACCUUGUGAGUGCAUUUUUGAGAAAUGGCUGUAGGUACUGUUUCGGGCCUGUUACUUUAAUGUUCCACAUUGCCAGCUGAUAAUGGACCUCAAGCAAAUAUUUAUUUUUAAUUAACUGCCAACACCGGAUUUGAUUACUUGCGGGGCUGUGGGUAGGGGUGGACUGCACCUCCAAACAGAAUUAAUGGAGUUGAGCCGGCAACCCCCCUCAAAAUAAGAACUAUAUAAAUUAAGUGACUGAACGCUUUCAAAGUAACCAGCGUUAAUCAUCACUACCUAUAUUUACAUGGGGACUGCUGCUAUACCUCCCACCUCUAGUUAAUCUUGCUUAAACGUGUGUUGACACGAGGGAAAAUUGUUUAGAGUGUAAAACACAAAACCUCCUGAUAAUGCUAAAUUCGUUACUGGCUCUCCUCGGUGUUCAGAACGAACUGUCUAAUGAAGACUAAAUAUGACUAAAUAUGUCUCUAUCCUCAUCUACCGACCUGAGGCCUUCGUUAAAUUUUUUUUAUUUUUUAAUAUUUCAUUUUAAUCUUCUUCCUCAGUUUUUUUUUUAUUUCUUUGUGUUUCAGAUUUGCUUUGCACAGGUGUCCUUCACCAUUAAUCUAGGAUUAGUACUCUGUGGGCCUAAGACGGCAAAGCUCGGAGAACAGAGACAGUGCCAAACCCGAGGAUGAUUUAUGGUGUUAUUAUUAAUUACACUGAAUGUUGGUUGUCUGUGUUCAUGUGCCAUUGCUUUUUUCUUUUUACAUGUCUUCAUGUAUUUUAUUACUGUUCUCCAAGAUUGUGAAUGGGACUGUGUAUGUUUCUCAGUAUGUGAAAACAAACCUGGUUAUGAACCAGUGUACAUUUAUUUGAAUCACGCAAAACCUGACAAGUUUGCAUUUUCAUUUUGAGGGCAUGAAUGUGUAAUGUUGCAUAAACAUGUAAUUUUACAAUUAUUGAGUAGACCAUAUGACCCUAGCAUAGUGAGAACCUGUCUGUGUGUGUGUGUGUUUACCCAGCAUAGCGGGGACCUGUCUGUGCAAUGUUGCUGCAUAAAUUCUGUGCACACUUGGAUGUCAUUACUCA